AAGAAAAGGAUCGUAACAGCCACCAGGUUCCCUUCCUAACCUCAGCCGUAACCCUAAACCUAUACCCUUUUUAAGGCCUCGACCCAUUUCCUUCAGCAUCAGCAACCAAGCUUACGACGUCGUUUCAGUCCAUUGACUGUAAUUCUAGCUUUUUUAACUGUGUUCUUUCCCUUCUUUGUAUUUCGCUGUUUCUCUGGGACCAUUCGUUCGCUGCUAUCGGGUGUGCUUGGGUUGUAAGCGCAGUUAGAACAGCCCCAAAAAAUUUGGUCUUGUGUCUUAUGGGUUGUUCUCUUCCUCUGUCAUGGAGCUCGGAACCCUAAUCAUCAGAGCGUUCAAGCUACUCUAUAUGCUCUUCCACCGGGGAUUGUCACACCCAGCCAAAACAUUCUACUGUUAUGUGGUUCUGUUAUGUUCCUUCUAUUGCUUUGCUGCCUAUGGACCAUGCUGUACUAGUGGGAUACAAAAUCCGCCUGAAUAUGAUGCUUGUGUGUCAUUUGGGGAAAAUUACGAGCUGGAUUUUUCAGAUGGCUUGGUUAGUGACACUAAUGUGGGCUAUGGGAUCCCAACUUCCCACAAUAGUAUUGAAAGUGUGUGUCAAAAUACUCAUUCAUUCUGUUUUCCUUCGACAAUACGUGGAUAUUCAUACCAAGAGAAACGUAUGAAAGAAGCUUCUUUAGAAGACUCUAGUAGUCAGUACAAUGGUCCAUUUGGUGUAGAACUAACUCAAGAUAGCCAGCAGGCAAGUAACAAAAGUUGGUCAUCUGACUAUGGUAUGUUUGAGCUACUUAACGGUGGGGUUGUUUCUUGUUCUUUGAACUCUAGAGAAGGAACUAAUGAUGCUCCAUUGUUUCAAACUGAGAAUGGUCAUAAAGAUGAUCUUUCUUCCUGUGGAGGAGCUUUAUUACAGCAGAAGACAACACAGUUCUUGCCCAAGAACUCCAAGAUGGCUGAAUCCAGUUUCUUCUCACCCAAUGUAAGGAUUGGCCCUACUUUGCUGGACUGGGGACAAAAGUACAUGUAUUCCCCUUCAGUGGCUUUCAUAAAUGUGGAAAAUACAUGCAAUGACUGUAUGUUACACCUUUAUGAGCCCUUCAGUACUGACAUACAGUUCUAUCCUUGUAACUUCAGUGAAAUUUCACUAGGUCCUGGUGAAUCAGCAGUUAUUUCUUUUGUUUUCUUCCCUAGAUGCCUGGGCUUGUCUUCAGCUCACCUGGUUUUACAAACAAGUUACGGUGGAUUCUUUGUUGAGGCUAAAGGGUAUGCUACUGAAUCUCCCUAUGGAAUUCAGCCCCUACUAGGUCUGGAAAUUUCUCCUGGUGGAAGGUUGAGCAGGAAUUUUUCAUUGUUUAAUUCCUUUGAUGAGACCCUGUAUGUUGAUGAAAUAACUGCUUGGAUUUCAGUUUCAUUGGGGCAUAAUUCUGUUGAAACCGAAGCAAUUUGUAGUAUAAAUAAUAUCCAUGCUUUUGAUAACCUACUCUUCCCAAUUAUUAAGGAUCGGUUGGUUGUAAAGAGUGGCCAAAUUGGUUCACCAAUUGUAGCAGUUAGGCCCCAUCGAAACUGGGAGGUUAGUCCACGUAGCUCUGAAGCUCUUUUAGAGAUAGAUAUUUCAGUGGGAAUGGAGGGAAAAGUAUUUGGUGCAUUUUGUCUGCGUCUAAUGACGUCCUCACAAGAAAAGUUUGAUACUGUUAUGGUUCCUAUUGAGGCUGCAGUAAUUAGCGAUUCUGCCCAUGACACUGUUGGUAUCUAUAUUUCAGCAAGUCUUGAGGCUCUAACACCAUGUGAUGGCGGCGAAACUAUCAUCAUUAUCUCCAUAAGAAAUGAUGCCCCUUAUCUUUCAAGCUUUGUUAAAAUUGUAGAAGUUUCUGACUCUCAGAUUUUUCACAUCAAAUACAUGGAAGGCUUGCUACUUUUCCCCAAUACUGUCACACAAGUUGCAAUUAUUUAUUGUAGUCACCUGCGCACCAAAUUACUUGACUUACCAGCUAAAGAGUCUAACUUGCGAGAUAACUGCAAACUUCUCCUUCUUACGAAUGACUCAACUAGUCCUCAAAUGGAAAUUCAGUGUGAGAACAUACUACAUAUAUGCUUUGGUGAUCGCUGGCUUUCUUCUAUUGGAUUAGAGCACGAGACUAAAUAUAGUGAAUCAAGAGAUCUGAGGGCAGGUUUUGUGGCCAGAAGCAUGGAGGGGCCACCACAUGUCAAGGAUAUAGAGACAGCAGAUGUUGACGAAUUAGUGCUUGGAAACUGGAUGUCUCAAGGAAUGUCAGUUGGCAUGUCUGUGCUUGAAAACCGUGAGGUGUUAUUCCCAGUGAUUCAAGUUGGAAGUUUUGUCCCUCAGUGGAUCACUGUAAAAAAUCCUAGUGAGUAUCCAGUUAUAAUGCAGCUUAUCUUGAAUGCUGGAGAAAUAAUUGGUGAAUGCAAGGGUCCGGAUGGAUUAGUACGCCCCUCUUCAUCUGGCAAUUUGGUUUUAGAUGAGUCCACAACUCCAACAAAGCAUGGAUUCUCAGUACCUAAGUCUGCAAUAACAAAGGCUUUUGUACACCCUCAUGGUCGUGCAUCUUUAGGGCCAAUACUUUUUUAUCCAUCGGAUAGAUGCGGGUGGAGUGGUUCUGCGUUGAUAAGGAACAACCUUUCAGGCGUUGAAUGGUUAUCCCUUAGGGGAUUUGGAGGGUCACAUUCCCUAGUCAUGCUCGAGAAAUCUGAGCUUGUUCAGAGUCUAGAUUUUGAUCUUGAAAUGCCAGGCACCUUAAUUUCUCUCUUCCAUAUGCCUUGCUGCGCAUGA